UUCCUCCAAGAUAUUCCAAUAAAUCAGACAGUGAGAAUUCAGAGCAAAUUGCUAAUAUUAUUCAGUAACUUCUUGCCAUUGUCCUCUCUGUGCCACCACAAUUCACAAAGCAGCCGCGGGAUCCGUGGAUAACAAAGGUAAGGUGAGAUUCGUAUGGUUGGAUAAUGCAAUGGUGCUCCGGAGAUGCAGCCAUUCGCCCUCCCCUUCUCUUCCUCUUCUUAUUCCCUCUGCCAUGGCAUAUAAGCGUAUUCGAAGAGGAGUGGAUUCGUAAAGUCGGUGCCUUGGCGAGGAGAAAUGGCGGUCGCUAUGGCUUCUGGGAGCCUCCGCCUUAACCCUAACCCGCGGGUGGGAGAGUGCUGCUUGCCGCCUUCGCUCCGGUGCUGCUCCGUCCGCUUCUCCACCCCUUUUGGAGCUCCAAUCCCUUCAAAAAUCAGGUUGCAUUCUGAUGCGACCAUAACUACUCCUAGAGCAGCAUCUCCAGCAGCUGUUGAGGAUGACAGCUCUAGUGAGACUGACACAAUUCCUACUCCUAAAGUUAUCAUCGAUCAGGAUUCUGAUCCAGAUUCUACUAUCGUUGAAAUUACGUUCGGUGAUCGUCUAGGAACUCUUCUAGACACUAUGAAGGCACUAAAGAAUCUAGGGCUCAAUGUUGUCAAGGCUAAUGUUUGCUUGGAUUCUUCCGGGAAGCACAACAAGUUUGCAAUAACUAGAGCGUCUACUGGUCGCAAAAUCGAAGACCCGGAAUUGCUAGAAACAAUCCGCUUGACAAUUAUAAACAAUUUGAUUGAGUAUCACCCAGAGUCGAGCAGCCAAUUGGCAAUGGGAGCAGCAUUUGGAGUUGAACCUCCAUCGCAACAAGUUGAUGUGGAUGUUGCUACCCAUAUAGAUGUUUAUGAUGAUGGGCCUGAUCGUAGCUUGCUCGUUGUUCAGACAGCAGACUAUCCUGGGUUGCUGGUUGAUUUGGUCAAGAACAUCACUGACAUAGACAUUGCAGUCCAGUCGGGGGAGUUCGAUACUGAGGGGUUGUUGGCUAAGGCCAAAUUCCAUGUCAGUUACAGAAACGAACCAAUCAAGAAGCCUUUGCAACAGGUUCUCUCGAACAGCUUGCGUUACUACUUGACAAGACCGACGACAGAGGAGGCAAGCUUCUAGGCUUUUGCAAAGAUGUGGCGUAUACAAAGGUAUAAACUUCAUUUCCAUGUUCACGUGGCACAUUACAUGAUCUGAAUCUUCCAAGGGGAAAGUUGGCAUCUCAUCUUCGCAUCGGACCAAACUGAGAUGUACGCAACCAAAAAAGUCUCAAUCUACAAUGAAACUAUUUCCGAAGGUAGCAUAAAACAAUAUUUAAGAAUCAGUUGAGGAAGUGUGGUUAUAAGGUAUGAUUUGACGACUCUAACUGAUGCUCCAAUGAUGUUUUAACGAGUCCCCAAUUAUGAUUCAUGUUUUAACCUUCCAAUGAUUUUUCAAUGAUGAUCCUUUUGUA